GUGCAUGACGCCACUGCCUGCAAAAAAUAAACAAGCUUUGGAAAACAGUCGGCUUGUUUUGUAGGCUACCUCUCUUUGCACAAUGACAAUUAUACAACGACCCCGCCCUCUUUGUCGUCUGAUUGCGCCUGCUCAGUCCGCCCCUCUGCUUUCUCUUUCUCCUUCACUCUGCCCUAUUGCGUGAGACCCAGACCGUUCUGAAACUCCGUGCAUCGCCCUGCAAACUAGAGUCAUGUCAGACAAAGGAGGAGAGAAGGCGAGACUGGUGAGGAAGGAGGAGGCGAGUCCAGCAGCACAGGCCAUUCAGAACAAAGGAGCUCCCUGUGCACCAUGUUGCCAUAAGGUCGCCAUGGCAGUUCCUCCUGCAUACUCGGACCUGGGAAAAGCAGCCAAAGACAUCUUCGGCAAGGGCUAUGGCUUUGGAAUCGUGAAACUGGACCUAAAGACAAAGGCCCAGAGUGGAGUUAUGGAGUUUGCAACCUCAGGCUCCAGUAACACAGACACAGGGAAGGCAGCAGGUAACCUGGAGACCAAGUACAAGGUGAAGGAGCUGGGCCUGAGCUUCACUCAGAAAUGGAACACAGACAACACCCUGACCACAGAGGUCUCCAUGGAGGACCAGCUGGCUAAGGGCUUGAAGCUGGCCCUGGACUCGUCGUUUGUGCCCAACACUGGUAAGAAGAGUGCCAAGCUGAAGACUGGCUACAAGCGCGACUUCAUCAACUUGGGCUGUGACCUGGACUUUGACAUGGCCGGCCCCACGGUCCACGCUGCUGCCGUGCUGGGCUACGAGGGCUGGCUGGCCGGGUACCAGAUGGCCUUCGACACAGCCAAGUCUAAACUGGCCCAGAACAACUUUGCCCUGGGAUACAAGGCUGGGGACUUCCAGCUCCACACCAACGUUAACGAUGGUACAGAGUUUGGUGGCUCCAUCUACCAGAAGGUGAACUGCCACCUGGAAACAGCCAUCAACCUGGCCUGGACGGCCGGCAGCAACAACACACGCUUCGGCAUCGGAGCCAAAUACCAGCUGGAUAAGGACGCUUCCCUGUCUGCCAAAGUCAAUAACGCCAGUCUAAUUGGAGUCGGCUACACACAGGCCCUCCGGCCAGGAGUGAAGCUGACUCUCUCAGCUCUGAUCGAUGCAAAAAACUUCAAUGCAGGCGGUCACAAGGUUGGCAUGGGCUUUGAGCUGGAGGCAUAAGGAUGGAGGGAAGAGGAGAAGGGGAUGAGAGAAGAGAAGGACACCUGACACAUCUCCACCUCUGUAUGCCACACACACCUCCUGAGUCUUUUGGCCAUAACCCUCUGAGACCUCCAGUACUGUUGAGAACCCAGUUGUUUUUUUGGUUCACCAUCUCUCUGUAUCAUCUCCUUAGCAAUACCAGUACGUAAAGAAACAUUACAAACCCUUUCACCAGAUAGUAUACUACUUAUGACUACUUCAUAUAGGGCUCUGGUCCAAAGUGGUGUAAUAUAUGGAGAAUAUGGUCACAAGUCAACCUUGUGUUCUACUUCCUCCCUAAAAGCAGACAUUUCUCCUUUUCUUUGUGAGAUGGGGUCGUAAGCACCUUUUUAGUAGGGUUUUAUUGUGUGGUAUAAUUUCACUUUGCCUGAGAUCAUGUAUUUAAUUUACUUUUGACUUGAAUGAGAUUGACAGUAGACUUUGUCUAUGUGUGGUACAUUCUAUUGAGUCUAUCAAAGCCAGCAGGGAGUUUAUUUGAAGGAACAACUUAUUUUUACAUUUCAUGAUGUUCCCCUGUCCCAGACAUAUAGACCUUUACAGGCCUUUCUGUGGGCGGAUGAUCACUUUCAGUGACACAAUGAUACGAGCAUACUGGAAUAAAAUGGGUACCGGUAGUUUAGAACUCUAUUAAAAAUAGGCGACUGGUUGAUUUCCUUUUUCCAAAUUCUCUUCUUGUGGUUCAGAGUUUUGAGAAGACAUAGAGCCAUGUGUGGAUAUUUUCCAAACCUCUUUGUCAUGUUUCUUUUUUGUCUUUUCAUCUUUGAAUUCUAUCUACCACAUUAUGUAAUGUUGUGUCUGUGCUCGGAAGAGGGAAGGUUGUUGAUAGUUGAAACCUCAAACUGACUUUAAGGAAUAAAGAAGAUUGUCAAACA